GGGAUUUCGACCGGGCGCCAUUUCGUUUGUUGCAAUGCAGUUUACAACGUUGGUAUUUUUGAUUCAGCUAUGGAUAUGUGUUUCUAGUCAUGAUCAUGAUCAUGUCCAUAGUCAUGAACCACCUCACUAUAAGUAUUCUAAGGAAGCUAAUAUUGGGUAAUUGAGUCUGUUUUGUUUGCGUUUUAUUGUAAACUUUAUUUGGUAUUUGAACGAAUAAUUAUUCACUUAUUUGUAAAUGAUAUUUCCAACAUUUUUACCUAACCAUUCUUCACCAAGUUAUCUUUACGCUUUCGAAUUAGUAAGCGGUGAAGAUUCUAUUUCAUUCUCAUUUCGAAUGGAUAUUGGUAAAGUAAAAGUUUUCGCAUACUUAGUUUCAAUACUCCAGGAAGGUAUUAAAGUGAGCGCGGAUCAAAUUGAAAGACGAAAAUAAUCCGAGUUAGUUCGUACCACUGUAUUGUAUCUAUAGAUUGAUAGUGAAUAUUUCUAAUUAGUUACGAUGACUCAAUCUAUCUACAUCGGAAGCAAAUUCCUGGAUGUGACUAAUUAUAAGAAACUGAGCAUAAGGUCGGUAGUAUAAAGACCAUGACUAAAGAUUGUCAAUCAUCUUUCAAUCUUAAACCUCAAAGCACUUGUAGCGGUUAUUCACUGAAUAUACUUCUACAUACCAAUGCUUUUGUACAUUGUAAUUGUAAUAUCCAGUAAAACCACUGAGAAAAGAAUGUGGUCUGUGCAUUGAUGGCUAUUUGUUAAUAAUGGGGUGUAUCCCAGGUUCCUCGUUUCUUAUCGCACUGUAGGAGGAUAAAAUGCACCAGACAGCUGUAUUUUUUCGUAUUCCUAACAUCAAUAAAGAGGUGAACACCUUAUCAAACCGCAAGCUGAAAAUUUUGGGGUUUAGUAUUGUCACCACAACAAGUACCAUAUUGAUAGUAAGCAAAUGUGACUGAUUUUAUGCCAUAACUAUUCGUUUAAACGACAUUUUAGAACUAAUUAAAACUUGAGUUCGACGUAUUUGUUACUUAAUUAUUACAGAAAUGUCAUAAAGUCUCAAGGCGCUCUUCGUUGUCGAAAUAAGAUCUUUGUUAACUACUAGGUAUCGAAAGAUCAUUUGUGUGACAUUUUCUAAAGUCCUAUUGAUCUGGAGCAUAGUGACCAAGCUAAUGACACCUACAUAAUAGACGUAAAUUUAACUGGUCUGAUAUAGAUAUCAUUAUGAUUCCAUUAAUCGCUAUAAAGCAAACAUAAAACUCGACCUGGGUGCGCUACAUUAAUUCGAUUUGUAAUCGUUUUCAAGGUCAUAGCGUAAUAGUAAAUGGGUCUAAGUAAUUUUCAAGAGCCAUGCAUCAUUUUCUUUAAUGUUUGGGAGUCUCAUAUUUGAUGCUGACGACACAUCUGGUUGUGACAAAACAGGUUCUCAAACCAAAAUCUAACUUGGCAUCAAGAAAAAUUUAUGUAACACUGACAUUGUUGUGAUGUAUAAAGUAAUCGUAGACUUGGUGACCAUAAAUUUUAUUACUUAUAUAGUGAACGAAAACUCAGGAGAAGACGUUUAACGUCCCGGGUGCAGUAUGGACAUCAGACCUAGAUUGCCCAGCACGUCGACAGAGCUACGAUCGGCGUGAUGGUGGGCUCGCCAUUUCGACGGGAAGCAAGGCAUGGACCAAGAAAGCGACACAGCGGGUAGAACAACUGCGAGAGCGACUUUUCGAAAUGGAGGGGGACAAGUGUGGUGCUUGCUACUCUUGCGGACAGAGUAAUUUUGCGUAAAACAAUAAAUUGUUUCACCUUACCUGAGUUUUCGUUCACUACACUUGCACCAAAGGAUAGAUAUUAGCCUUCCAACUGUAGGCCAAGUACACUAUGACGUACUCUAUGCUGACGAAAUUAUUUUUAAUCAUAUAUUUACUUGUACUUCACGAUAUGUAACUGACAGUAGUCAUGUUGGAGCAAUUUAUACUAACAGAAGAAGAACGUGCUCUGUACUUUUACGCAUCUGUUUACAUCACUCGUCUAAAUUACAGAAAUUGAAUGCAAACAAACACGUAAAAGCUAGAAUCUAAUGUUCUGUUUUAGUGAACACGAACUAGUGGAGUCUAUACAUUAGUAGACUUGGUAAUUUACGUGAUGUAAUGGCAUUUUUGUGAUUGAGAUUUGCGAAUGAAGUGGUUGCUUUUAGUGUUGAGUUCUGUGAGCUAGCUAAUUUAAUUGUAGAUCAUUCAAUGUCGUUCUGUAGAGGAUCAUCGGCUUCUACUAAAUACAGGAAUGACGUUUACUUUCAUCCUGAUGGCCUUGUUUGUAACCGAUUAUCUUUAUAAGUUCGGUUGUCUUCAUUUGUCCACGUAUUCUUGAUUGUCUUGUUCAUUUGACUUUUAACUAUUUAAUUGAUUGAUUUUUUCGGAUAAGCUGAUAGGUCGAAUCGGUGUCAGUAUGCUUGUUGGUUGCCAAACCGUUUAACUGGCAUAUCACUAGGAAUUCUAAGACACCUAGAAUUCCCUCACUCUAAAAUUUUGAAACCUUUCCAAUCGAAUUCGUAUUCGUGGUUAUCCACGUGUAUUUAUAUCCCUGAUCAAGUGUCGUUUUAUUAGUAUUCUGUAUCCGUGUAUGGAUAGGUGAAGAGAGCAUCAAUUUUAUUAACUGUAUUUCUCACAGUUGGUAUAAUUUCCGUUGACCAUGCUGUACUUAUCUUCUCUCGCUGUUGUAUCUUAAGAUUCGCAUUAAAUGUAGUGAAAAGAUUGAACUGAUUUGUAGAAGACAUUUAUUUUAGAAUCCUUCAAAAUCCUCUUAGUAAUUUCUGAGAUGUUUUUUACAUAUAGCAGGACGAUUCGUUUCCUGGUUCAUGAGGUUAAUUUUACUGUGUUCAGUCAAUUCGACAGGCAUCUUUUGACAGUCACUGGGCGAACCACGUUUUGUAUGAGACAGAAUGAGUUUCUUCAUUUUUCUGCCUAAUUAUAGUACUGGAGUAGGUUUUGGCUCUUUUGAAUGGUACUUGUACUCUGCUUGUUACUGUUAUAAUUUAGUAUUUUAUCUGUGUGACUUAGCUUCCUGUGAUCUGAGAAUACACUCCUUGUAUGUGGUUUUUUUUCUAGGUAUAAGGAAAAUCACGUACGGGAAACACGUAAAGAUUCCUCUGAGCAACUGUGGGUCGAAGUAUUCGGAGCUGUGUUACUCAUUAGUAUCGCUCCUUUUAUUAUAUUGUGCCUGAUGCCAGAUUUGAACAAACACCGUGGCUUCCUCAAGGUCCUUCUCGCAUUUGCAGCUGGUGGUUUACUGGGAGAUGCAUUUCUUCACUUAAUUCCUCAUGCAUUGGAGAGUGGACAUUCUAAUCCUGACCACGCUCACGAGGAAAAUACUGGAGAUGGACAUGGUCACAAGCGUCACUCCUACGUUGGACUUUAUGUUGUUGGUGGAAUUUUCGUGUUCUUGUGCGUCGAAAAAUGUAUCCGACUUUUUAGAAAUGAACAUUGUGGAGGCCAUACUCAUCAUGCAGUGUCUAAUGUUGACGGUGAAAAUAAAGGAAAGAAUAAGAAAAAAGGGGAAGAUACCAAAAGUGGAGCUAAAACUAAACGUAAGCUAUGCAUAGAAUUACAUAUUAAGUCAUCAGGGUUAAGGUAUCCAUUGUAAUUAUUUAAGUAACUGCAUUACUUUUGAAUAGAAAAGAGAAUCAUCAUCUAACGUAAGUAAAUUUGUUAGUUGAAAAUAGUAUGAAGAAGCGAAACUUUCGCCUCUUAUAAAUUAUCAAUAAUAAUGAUUAGCAAUAAUUACCAUUAAGACUGAUAUGUAAAUUAUGAUGUCUGACUAAUCACAUGUUCCUUAACUGAGUUGUUUCUGAAAAAAUCCUUUCAGCGACAGUUAAUAGAGCAGUUUUAAAACUGUGUAUUAUUUCAAGAAAACCCGCUACAAUUUCUUGUCAUCAGUUGUUUAAAGAUCAAAUUGAAUUAUGAAAUAUUUUCGAUAAUAUAAUGGAUACUUAUAAUUAGAUCUUGUUGUAUUAAAACAUCUUAAUCGUCGACUGAAGUGAAAUUAUACAAACUUUAUAGUUCUCAUUCUUUUUUAACAGCUACAGACUUCAAAGUUUCUGGAUAUCUUAACUUGGCAGCAGAUUUUACGCACAAUUUUACUGAUGGGUUAGCUAUUGGUGGAUCCUUUCUGGUUAGUAGAAAUGUUGGUUUUCUGACCACUUUUACGGUUCUGUUACAUGAACUUCCGCAUGAGAUUGGGGACUAUGCAAUACUUAUACAAUCCGGAUUUUCUUCACGUAAAGCUAUGCUUCUUCAAUUGAUCACUGCUAUUGGUGCACUUUUGGGUUCAUCUGUUAGCUUACUUGCUGCACGUGUUAGUAUUGGUCCUAUUGUUUUUGAUGCUAAUAUACUACCAGUUGUAACAGAUGAUGUUGUUAUUGGUUGCAUUUUACCAUUUACUGCCGGUGGUUUUAUCUACAUAGCUAUGACUUCUGUGCUACCUGACCUGUUGGCAACUAAUAAUAACACCGGUACUACUACUAAUACACCAAAAACACGAAACAAUGGAUUAAAAUCAUUCGUCCAAAGUCUACUUGAAAUAAUUUCUUUAAUUAGCGGCGUUGCAAUGAUGGCUGCUAUCGGAACACUGGAAUAAAGAUGUAAACAAGUAUAUUUUGUGUCUGUAGAGAAAAAAACAAACUAGGUUGAUAUGACAAAUGUAGUAUAGUUUAUUUUUUCUGUUUAUGCAUACUGGUACUUUUUGCUGCAAUCUAGUCCCCUCGUAUCCUGUUUUUCUUUUUCGUUUGUUUGUUCAUAUUUCAUAAAAUCUACUUUUAAGUGAAGCAAAGAAAUUCAAAGUAAAAAGCAUUUUCAGAGUACAAACGUACUAUUUGAAGAAAAUUACAAUUCAUUUGCUCGUAUACUUUCUGUCUCCCUUCGUAUACUUUUUUCUUUAUUGUUAAUUAUGUUGUUGUUGUUUUCUUCAGUUAAGUUUGAUCUUGUUCCAAUGAUUUUCAUUUUUUAUCAUGAUUUAGUAAUACUUCCAUUGUACUAUUUAUUGUUGUAAAAUGAUUAAUUUUGGUGGAGUUUUGUU